AUGAAAUCAAGAUAUGGCCAUCAAUAUGCACCCAGAAAUAUAAAAUAUAAAAAAGCACACAAGGGAAGGGUUUCUGUGCCUACAGGAAUGUCAAUUAAAGGAAGCACAAUUGUUUAUGGUGAUUUUGGUAUGCGUUUGAAAGGCUCAGGAAUUCGAUUUACCGCAAAACAACUUCAAGCAGCUGAAAUGGUGAUUAAACGAGUAAUAAAGUCUACAAAAGGUGCUAGAGUGUAUACACGUGUAGCAGCGAAUAUUCCUGUUUGUGUCAAAGGAAAUGAGACACGUAUGGGAAAAGGUAAAGGUGGUUUUCAUCAUUGGGCUGCAAGAGUUCCAAUUGGUCGUGUUGUUUUUGAAAUUGGAGGAGGAGGUAUUGCUAGUGAAGUUGCGUUAGAAGCUUUACGACAAGCAGAAUAUAAAUUACCAGGAAAAUGGGAGAUUAUCACACGAGGCACGCCUGCUCGAAUUGGAUUACAUCAAACUUAUCAAGAAAUGCCAUCUGAAAAGGCUGAUGCAUAG